UUAAGUUCAUGGCAAACCUCUUUCAACGCGGUCAUGCUCAAACUGUCUAAGCCAGUCCACCGCUGAAAGAUGCAACCUACACUUCUAAACGUGACAAUAUAUGGUACCUGCCCCAUUUUGGUGUGUAUCAUCCCCGUAAGCCAAACAAAAUCCGGGUAGUCUUUGAUUCGUCAGCAGUAUUCCAAGGCAUUAGUCCCUGAAUCGCGAGCUUCUCUCUGGUCCUGAUUUACGUAAUAAUCUUUUGGGGAUCCUAAUCAGAUUUAGAAGAAAAUAAAUCGGUGUUAUGUGCGACAUCGAGCAGAUGUUUCAUGCUUCCUACGUUUACCCUCCGCAUCGAGAUCUAAUGCGCUUCUUGUGGUAUAAAGAUAAUGACAAAGAAAACGAAAUCGUUGACUACAAGAUGACUGUGCAUAUCUUCGGAAACACCUCAAGCCCAGCAGUAGCAACAUUUGGAUUACGGAGGACGGCAGAUGAAGGGAAGGAAGAAUUUGGUGAUGCAGCGAACAAGUUUGUCCUUGACGACUUCUACGUGGACGAUGGAAUCACAUCUUGUGACACCGUAGGCGAAACUCUGCAGUUGAUAAAGAACACACGAGAUAUGUUACACACAGCAAACUUGCGUUUACACAAAAUUGCGUCGAAUUCUCCAGAAGUGAUGAAAUUAUUAUCUCCGCAGGAUAAAGUAGAGAAUCUACGUAACCUUGAUCCCAGUCACGACCCUCUCCCUCAACAACGAUCGUUGGGUGUAGUAUGGAACAUAGAAAAGGACGCCUUCACAUUCCAAGUGCUUCUACCAGAGAAACCGUUCACACAUAGAGGUGUUCUAGCGAUCGUUAAUUCCAUAUACGACCCACUAGGGUUUGCAAUCCCUACCACCCUGCAGGGAAAAUUGCUUAUUCGCGAACUUGUCCAGUUAGGGAACACGAAAGGCGAAAACAAGAUUCUCGGAUGGGACGAUCCCUUGCCCAAUGAUCUCCUAAAGAAGUGGUUAAAGUGGCGAAAUUCUCUUGUUGAAUUAAACGAAUUAUCUAUAGCUAGAUGUUAUCACCCGAGUGAUUUUGGUAAGAUAAGACAAUUUGAGAUCCAUGCGUUUUCAGACGCCAGUGAAGGAGCCAUCGCCACAGUAAUGGCUACGUAA